AUGUUCCGAAGCCACCUGGACCAACACACUCAAGCGCUUGCGAAGGACAACUACGCCGACACCAUCAACAACAACGGCGAACUCUUCCGAGAGCAUCUUUCCUUGUGGGUGGUCCUUGUGGACAAAGGCUACAUCGGUCUUGCGGCGUCGGCGCGUGCCAUUCACCCGAAGAAGAAGGCUGUGAGUGGCGCGUUAGACCGAUUUGAUAUGGACAGGAACAAGGAAGUUUCUUCUGACCAUGUCGUUGUCGAAAACUUCUUUGGCUGGGUCGAUUCACGUUUGCCCGUGGCAUUGAUGCCGUUGUACCUCGAGGACAAUGCCACUAUCUGUCAUGGCACGCUACAAGAGCAUGGCAGCUGA